AUGGAAAAUUGCCGAACAUCCGCUAGGAUAUUAAUUAUUGGAGCAGGAACAUCGGGAAUAGCGGCUGCCACGCGACUCCUUCAAAAUAACUUUCAGAAUGUGCAGAUCCUGGAGGCGGAGAACCGUAUUGGUGGGCGGAUAAACACCAUUCCUUUUGGGGAUAACGUCGUCGACAUGGGCGCGCAGUGGUGCUAUGGGAAGCAGAGCAAUUGUGUUUACGAGAUGGUCAAGGAUAUGGGUAUCCUUCAUGGUACAGACGACUAUUACAGCACCAUUAAAAGAGUAAGGUCAAAUAAGGAGGUGAUUCAGCAUGAACUCGGUUGCGCCAUUCACGAUAUUGCAUUGAGGAGCAUGCCAAGUGGACCUAAUCCGGUUGUGGGAUCCUUCGGUACUCACCUAACAGAAAAUUUCUGGCGCAAUAUCGAAACUGAAAUGCCUCAAUUGGAUAGGGACCUGGCCAAUGAGGCAUUGGAAACCUUUGCGAAACAUGAAAGCUCAAUUAUAGGUUCGGACAGCCUAUUCGAUGUCUCCAUAAGGGAACACAUUGAGUACCACGAAUGCGAUGGAGACAAGUUGCUCCAUUGGGGUACCAAGGGCUACAAGAGAUUCCUGAGGCUGCUGAUGAAGGUCAGUGAGGACGACCCAGAAGGUCUUGGAUUACUUGAAGGACGCGUUCACCUCGGCAAGAAGGUUACAAAAAUUGAGUUGGCUUGCCCCAGCAAAGUUAUACUGCGCUGUGAGGAUGGGGAUUACUUCGAGGCGGAUCACGUCAUCUGUACUGUUUCUUUGGGAGUCCUGCAGGAGCAGCACGAGAAGCUAUUCGUCCCACCUCUUCCACCUGCCAAAGUAAAUGCCAUCCGAAGUCUCACCCUUGGAACUGUGAACAAACUUUACAUGGAGUUUGAGAAGCAACCACUUCCUGAUGAUUGGGUUGGUUUCUUCUGUUUUUGGUUGGCAAAGGAUCUAAAGGAGCUGCGGAAAACGGAAUAUUCCUGGCUGGAGGGGAUCACUGGUUGCCACAUGGUUACUUGUCAGCCACGAUUGUUGAUGGUCUGGGUGAAUGGGCCACACGGCCGCCACACAGAGACCCUGUCUGAUGAAAAAGUCAUGGAGGGAUUACAGUGGUUCUUCCGAAAGUUCCUCACUUUCGAAAUUCCUCCACCAAAAAGGUUUGUUCGCAGCAAAUGGUUUUCGAAUCCAAAUUUUCGCGGCAGCUGGAGCUUUCGACCCACAAUUGCUGAUGAUAGGGGUACAGGUCCGUGGGAUCUCGAGUCCCCUGUUAAGGGUGAGGAUGGCCAUAUAGGUCUGCUUUUUGCCGGCGAAGCCACUAGCAGGAAUCACUUUUCCACCGUUCACGGCGCUGUUGAGGCAGGUUUCCGGGAGGCAAAUCGAUUGAUUGCUCUGUAUUCCUCAUGCGGUUUCAAUCCCUAA